UGGUGAGAGACGAAAACUCCAUCACUGUCAGGCGGUCAGUGGUCACGGCGCAGUAUAGUGUUGAGGGUGAAUGGCGCAACUGGCAGCAUUAUCUUGUUAUACGUUUUACAAUCGAGUGACAUUAUACUGCCUUAGUUGCAAGUUGGUUGCUAGUUCAUUAGUUAGUUACGUGGGUGUCUGUCAUCUCCCCUCACCCCCCCUUCUCUCUCUCUCUCUCUCUCUCUCUCUCUCUCUCUCUCUCUCUCUCUCUCUCUCUCUCUCUCUCUCUCUCUCUCUCUCUCUCUCUAAGCAUUCAGGACAGUUUACACACACACACACACACACACAUGGAGAUUAGUUAAAGGUGAUUAGUGGGGUCUGUGGGUUAGAGAGAGAGAGAGAGAGUUCGUCAAUCAUAUCCUCCUCCCGCCAGUUUCAUUUACAAAGGUCACAAAUUAUUAACCUUGCCUCUCCUAGUAACUGCGGAUGAGGGCCUUUAACAAUCUAUCACUGGAAGUUCAAAGACGUCAGCAUAUUUCUAGGGGCUGGCUGACGUACGCACAAGGAAUCAGAUGAGCCAGGCAGUGCGGGUCGGAGUGGGGAAGGGGAGAGGGAGGUGUGAAGGUGUUGUAAGAGCUUUUUGUUGCGUUCAUGGUCUCGUGUGGAUUUCCUUGAGCAAGUGCAUUUGCCGAAUUGUGGUGAAACUACUAUUGCCCCCCCCCCCCCUCUCUCUCUAUCGUGGUGAAACUUCUUCCUCCCUCCCCUUCUCUCUCCCUCUCUCUCGCUUGACGUGUGUGUCUGUGUGUGGCGCAUGAGAAAGAGAGUGGGUUUUCCUUUUUCUACUCUCUUUUAUUCUCUCAUUUCGCUGUUCUUUCCUUGUUCCCUCCCCCCCCCCACACACACACACACUUAUUCGUUUGUAAUAAGCUCUCUACAUAGAUAGAUAGAUAGAUAGAUAGAUAGAUAGAUAGAUAGAUAGAUAGAUAGAUAACAGAUACUUAAAAUAAGGCGACUACAAGAACACACGCAAAGUCUUCAGAGAUUUACAAGAGUUAUACCUAAUAUGUGAACGUUUUCUGCUUCGCUGCGUGCGGUGCCGAGGGAUGACUUACGCAGAGUACAUCCCCUCUCAUUAUUUCAGAUCCGUGCUUUCUUAUGUUAUUCACUUAUUCCCUUCAGCAUGAUUUCCUCAGGCUUCCAAGAGGGUAUGCGUCACGGACACUACAGCAAGGCCACGUCCUCCCCACAGUUUCCACUUCACUGUAUCAUCAAGUCCGUGGCAAUAACUCUGGCAGGUGAGGACACGUGAACACAAGGAACACGGUAACACUGCCAUUGACGGAUGUUCUCGUGUCCCAGUGUUCCCGGGUCCUCACCUGCUUGGGUUCCUGCCACACACUUGAUGACACAGUACAAGAGACAAAGAGCAUCAGUCAGUGGCAGCGUUACCGUGUCCCCGUGUCCCUGUGUCCUUCGGCAAUCACCUGAACUAGUGUGACAACCUUGAAGAGCCGAACUACCGCCAGCUCCUCCCUCACCGCCCCCCGCCGAGUCGCCGUCAGCGUGCCGGAUCGUCGCGGUGACCCAGUGCCCGUGGCCACGCGUGGGUCGUGCUGGCUUCCUGCAGGGCAGCCUCAGCCUGGCCACACGUGCUGCGGGAACCUGCCCCUCGCGGCGGUGUUGCCUGAAGGAGGGACGGGGCGAUGACAGCACACACAAGAGCAGCAUAGACAGAAACAGAGAGACCAGAUACAAGUAACAAGACAGAGAGAGAGAGAGAGAGAAAAAAAAUAGAGAGAGAAUAACAGACAGACCCACCACCCACCCACUGAACCACCCUGCAAACCAAGCAGGCAUAAAUAAUGAUGGCAACCCUGGACAGCGAUGCGCGGCUCUCCUGCACUGAGCACAGUGUCAUGCUGGCCAACAAUCUCUACCACCUGUACACACAGUCGUCCCUCCUCGACGUGCGCCUGGUGUGUGAGGAGGUCCACAUCUAUGCGCACAAGGCAGUCCUGGCCGCAGGGAGCAAGUUCUUCCAGGAGCGGCUCCAGUCCUUGGGGUCAGGAAUGGUGGAGCUUCAGAUGUCGAGUGCCAAUCUUGGAGUUCUCAUAUCGCCUGGUGAACUCCGAGCCUUAGUCGAAUACCUCUACUGCGGUGAACUUCUUGUGCCCCGCCACCGCCUCUCAAACAUCGUAGCUCUUGGCCGGUCACUCCAAGUAUUUGGCUUUCUCACCGACACCCAGAGCUACCUAGCCGGCCCAGACCCACAAUUCCUCACUGAAAUGAACUACAUCUCAGUGGAACCCCCAAUACUAGAAGUACCUGCUACACAGUGCACUCGUCUCCAGCCCACAGCAGCAGAGGAGGCAUGUGGGGAACUAGUAGGUGGUGGGAGUGGUGUCAGUGGGGGUAGUGUCUCUCUCCCAUUGGUUAGUAUGAAGCCCCAUGAUCCCACACUGCUCCAGGACCCUCCCAAGUACUCAGAGCCACUCAAAAUUGAUACAAAUGUGAAUAUGUUGGGUUCCACUUCCAGUAUUUCUUUCAGUGAGUUGUGUACAGCACCUGGUCUCGAUGGGGAUGCCCUCAGUACUCCUUGUGGACAGGCAAAACACUGCAGCGCCCCAUCAGUCUUUGAGAGCUCAGUACUGGAGGAGGCACCAGGUCUUAAGGGGAAGUACACACAGGAGUCUUGGGAGGCAUACAGCAAGCCAGACCAUGAUGUAGUUUAUACUGGGACUGUCCUGAACCUCCGAGGGGACGCCGAGCCUACUGGGGAUGAUGGGAGGGGUGGUGUAGGGGGUGCAGGGGCCAGAGAGCACCACCAGCAUCACCAGCAUCACCACCAACACCACCAUGUCCCAGUGCCACAGUUGUCUCUUCCACCAGCGUUUCCUUCCGCGUCUCGUCAGCCUCAAGAGUUGCAGAUGAGCCAGUGUUUGGUGGAGGGGGAGGCUGAUGAUGCAAACAAUGCCGUGAUGUUUCUGGAGCCGCUGUGGGGGGAUGCCUCGAGUCCAUCUGGCGUUGAUCUGGACAACAUCUUGCGCAGUGAUGAGAUGAAGGUGCUUGGUGAGCGGUGGGUGCGUGCCCGCCGGCCGUCCAGGGUGCGCCUCAAGGUGAAGGACAGCAUUGGUGGCGUCUCCCUGCAGGAUACCUCCCAGCGCCAGUCUGCAGGGGCUGCCGCUGCCGCUGCUGCGGCUGCUUCUGCUGCUGCUGUUGCUCCAACAUCCUCCACUCUUCCUGCUGCUAGCCCAGCAGAGGAGACCAGUGGUAAUGAAAACAAGGAAGGCUGGAUGGUGGUACUCUCUGACUCCCGCCCCCCUGUCCUCCCCCACCUGGCUGACGCCUCCUCCCUCCUGCAGGCCCCUCCACCCCAGCCCGCACCCCCAGACCCACUCACUCAGCCCCCUGUCGACACUCCUCCCUUCCAUGUCCAGUCCCCUGCCACACAGUCCCUAUUCAAUCAGGGUACAGCAGCUAACCCUGUCCCUCUCAUCACAUCCCCAAUGCCUCUUGGUGCCUCCCUGCUCAGCCAGAGUUCGUGUCCCAGUAGUGUUCCGGUAGCUAAUACCAGUUCACUGUUUGGUCAGUCGCCACAUCCUAACCCAGCCACUCCUCUCCUGACGCAAUCUAGCAUCUCCAUUGCUCCAUAUCUUCAGCCAUCUGUUCUCUCAACUGCUGUCAUGAACCAGGCUGAGCUGUCGCACCUUCAGCACCCUCUCUCAGCCGUCCCCCUCCAGGCAGUGUCAGUGCAGCCUUUGGAAGCAGAGGGGCCACUCCACUACUCCCCUGUGCCAGUUCCUCAGUCCACAAGUUCAGUUUUCACACAGCCAUCUCUCUCGCUGUCUCUCCCUCACCACUUCAUUCAUCACCAUACACCUGCUGCUUCACCACCACAGCCACUGCCACUGCCUGCCUCCAUGCCACAUGCUACACACACCACACAGGCCUCCUCCCCUGCCACCACCCUGCUGCCUUCUCUUAUUCAGCAGUGCCCUGUUUCCCAUGCCAGUCUCCCCUCAUCCUCCUCCUCCUCCCCUUCCAUCUCUGGCGAGGAUGUGCUCUCCCAGAUAUCCUCAGACUCCCCGCCCCCUGAUGCACCACCCCAUGUACCCCAGCCCCUCAACCCCCAGCUGUUAGAGCACCACCGUGCCUCCCCACCUCCCUGCCAGCUUCCCAUCCCUUCCCCUGUCACCUCCUGGCCUCACUCCUCUGUCAUCACCACCACCACAGUAACCACCACCACCACAACCUUGCCAGACUCACCCAUCCCUGUCCCCGUGUCACCCCCAUCACCCCAGUCACCCCCAGACACACCAGAACACACCAGUACCCCCUCAAGAACCUCCACCACCAUCACCACUGCAAGAAGAGAGAGUGCAGUCUUACCAACCACCACCACCACUACUACCACAACCAUCACUGCCACUGCCACUGCAACUGCCUUGCCGCCUAGUCCAGGGUCGCCCGAGGAGGAAGAACGGGAGGGAGAACAGGCCAGUCACACAUGUUCUCAGUGCUCUAGAAUGUUCUGCAAGAUGGAUAGGCUGACACUGCAUCUCUGGGAAGAACAUGAUAUUGGAACAGUGGCUAAGUGCCAGUUGUGCAGCUUCACCAGUCCCCUGCAGAGCUCGUUGGUGAAGCACGCAGCCACACACAUCACCAAGGAUAGGCGAGUCUGUGCAAUUUGUGGCAAGACCUUCAAAACACGCGCCACAGUUCGUACUCACUUGAGGAACCACUGUGGAGAGGAGGUGAUGUAUAAAUGUGGAUUCUGUCCCAUGAUGUACAGCCAGAAGUUCAACCUGGUGAAGCAUUUAGCCUCCAAGCACCAGCGCGAUCCUGAGGGGCAACCACUCACCAAGACCCUGCAGUGCCCCCAGUGUGCCUUCACCACCCUGGCUGACUACAAACUCAAGGCACACAUCAUCCGGCGCCACACACUGAACAAGCCCUUCAAAUGUGACCUGUGCCCCUACGCCACCACAGAGAAGACAGCACUCACCAAGCACACCCGCACACACACCAAGGAGCGCCCCUACGUGUGUGAGACAUGUGGCUUCCACGCACCCACCCUCAGCAGUCUGUGGCGCCACCGCAGGAGCCACACAGGGGAGAAGCCCUUUGAGUGUGAGCAGUGUGGCCAACAGUAUGCUGACUCUAAGCGCCUCAGGGACCACAUGUACAAGCACAACAACGUCAAGCCCUUCAUGUGUCAUCUCUGUGGCUACACCUGCAGGAGGAGGGACAAUCUGCAGACACAUGUUAAGAAGAUUCACAAGCUGCAGGACCUCAAUGGCUCAUCCCUGCAACACUCAGGCAAGAGUAGGAAGGGGAAGGAAGGACAGAUAUCCCAGCCUUCCUCUGACCCCCUGCGGCCGCCCCCAGAUGUCUUGCAGCUUUCAGUGGGGAACAAGGAGGCGCAAGAGGUGGUGGUCAAGCCAAGGGCAUGGUGUGUUCCUGAGAGUGGAGGUGGAGACAGCAGCAUGGUGGAGCAAGGUGGUAGUGGUGGUGGUGGUGGUAGUGGAAGACAAGAGGGUAAUAGUUGAGAAACCUUAAGGUGUGAUUAAUUUUGUAUGUCAGUCUCUGUCUUUUUGUCUUGUUCUGUCUCUCUCUUCUCUUUUCCUCAGUCUUUCUUUUGUCCUCAUUCUCUCUCUCCUCUCUUCCUCAGUCUGUUUCUUUGUUCUCUCUCUCUCUCUCUCUCUCUCUCUCUCUCUCUCUCUCUCUCUCUCUCUCUCUCUCUCUCUCUCUCUCUCUCUCUCUCUCUCUCUCUCUCUCUCUCUCUCUCUCUCUCUCUCUCUCUCUCUCUCUCUCUCUCUCUCUCUCUCUCUCUCUCUCUCUCUCUCUCUCUCUCUCUCUCUCUCUCUCUCUUUCUUUCUUUUCCUCAGUCUGUUUCUUUGUUCUCUGUCUCUCUCUCUUCUCUCUUCCUCAGUCUAUAUUUCUUUGCUUUUUGUGUCUCUCAUCUUCCUCAGUGUAUUUCUUUACUCUGUCUCUCUCCUUUUGUUCUCUUCUUUUGUUCUUUCUGUGUCUUUCUUCCUCAGCUUAUUACUUAAAUGCACUCCAAUCAUAUAUUUGCAGCACAAAUACUACAUAUAUACAUUUGCAACACAUACAUACACUACCAACACACUAUAUACAAACACCUACACACACACACACACACACACACACACACACACACACACACACACACACACACACACACACACACACACACACACACACACACACACAACAUAAUAUUCCAGUCAUACACACUUACAUACACAAAAACAUACAUAGAAACACUUCAAACCCACUUACACACACACACACACACACACACACACACACACACACACACACACACACACACACACACACACACACACACACACACACACACACACACAG